AUGGCGGGAGGUCUCGUCGCAUACCGACAUCUUAGUCGAAAAUCAUCCCACCGACAAGCCUUAUUACGAAACUUGGUCACAGCUCUAGUCCAGCACGAGAGCGUCCGAACAACAUGGCCCAAAGCCAAAGAAACACAACGGGUAGCCGAAAAACUCAUCACACUCGCGAAGAGGAACAAUGAAACCGCCAAACGGAAAGCCACGGGUAUAUUAUACACCCCCCACGCCCUCCUCCCCAAACUCUUCGGCGAGUUACGCGAGCGCUACCAAUCACGCCCAGGGGGGUACACCCGCGUCCUCCGCACGCAGCCCAAAUCCCGGUACGACCAAGGCGACUCCGCGAUCCUAGAACUCGUCGACGGACCCCGAGACCUACGCUUCGCCAUCACAGCCGCCGCCGUAGCACGAGACGAGCGCUUAGGCCGACAAUCAACUGAACUCACAAAGCGAAACCGGGAUAAAGUGACACGUUACCGACCUGAUGGAGCGGCUGCGUUUGAUACUAUGGUGAAGCGGGUAGCGGGGUUACGGUUAGGUGUUAAGAGUGCGAGGAAGGAGGGUAAGGAUGAUGGUUGGGAGGAUAUUCCGAGUAGUUAG